AUCAUUUUUGCCCAGAAGGCCAACAAUCUUGGACUUGUCAGUAGUAUAUAUUUAGUACAGCCAGCUAUGUAAGCAUCCUCUUAUACGUAUUUGUGUCUGCGUUUGUGUAGAUAUACUAUUUCAAGAGACUGAUGAGAGCAAGACAAAACAUAUAAAAGAAGGUCAAAGCGAAUUGUUGCACCACCAUCAUUCUCACAAUGAAAACAUACGGUAUUCUCUUUGCUGCAGCUUGCGCUUCUGUUUUGCAAGGUACUUUGGGCUCCACAGUCGAACCUUCUGCUGAUAUCAACCUUGUUGAAAGACAAGCACCAACUCCCCCUACUCCCCCUACUCCUCCCACUCCCCCAAUCACUGGAUUCCCAGGCUUCCCCGGAACUCCUCCUACUCCUCCAACCCCACCCACUCCACCCACUCCACCUGGAAGAGGACGUAUCGGAUCCUUUGACUAUGGAGGCGGCUAUGGCAAAGGCUAUGGAGGUGGCUACGGUAAGGGCUAUGGCAAGGGCAAAUAUCGCAGAGACAAUCAUCCAUCUCUUGUUGCUCGUCAAGUUCUAGCACCUGCAGUUCCCAAUCUUCCCUCUGGAGUUCCUAUGAUGUGGUGGCCUUACCCAGCUAUUCCACCUACUCCUCCAACUCCUCCAACUCCACCUGGAUCAAACAUUCCCACUCCUCCUACCCCUCCUACUCCUACUGGAUUUCCUUUCAUGUUGUUACCAGCCCCACCUGCUCCAAUGAUGCCUACUACUCCAAUGAUGCCUACUACUCCAAUGAUGCCUACUACUCCAAUGAUGCCUACUACUCCAAUGAUGCCUACUGCUCCAAUGAUGCCUACUGCUCCAAUGAUGCCUAUUACUCCAAUGAUGCCUAUGCCCCAAGCACCUGCUACACCAGUUAUUCCUCCUGCUUUUCCUUCUGGCCCUUUAAUCGUUGGUCCUGUUGGUCCUAUUGUGUCAGCUCCUGUUUAA